AUGAAGCCCUUCAACCCUCUUGCUGGAAACCCAUUAGCGACACGAGAUGACUUCGCAAAAGCCUGUAUUUCCCUUCUUGACCCUUUAAUACCAAGUCUGACUCCAGGCUUCGGCGCCGUGAAACUUGGAGAAACAGGAACCCGGUAUGAUGAAACUGCUGCUCAAAUCGAAGGAUACGCAAGACCGCUAUGGGCGCUCGCUGCGCUACUAGCUGGGGGGUAUAAGUGGGAAGGGGCACAAAAGUUUGUCGAAGGGUUAGGAAAUGGGGCUGACCCUGAGCACGAAGAAUAUUGGGGCGCUGCGCUUGACACUGACCAACGUAUGGUGGAAAUGUGCCCUAUUGGGUUCACAUUAGCGGUGGCUGGUGAUCACUUCUGGGAGGGGUUGAAUGAAAGGCAGAAGGCGAACGUAGCCAAAUAUUUUGAUAUUACCGAAAAAGAGAUGCCGAAUACCAAUUGGCUCUGGUUUCGAGUCUUCGCCAAUCUAGGUCUUUCAAAGAAUGGAUAUACAUACGACCAUGAUCGAAUGGAGAAAGACAUGAAUCAUCUAGAUACAUUCUAUCGCGGAGAGGGAUGGUCAAACGACGGUCCGAGAGACUAUACUCAAAUGGAUUACUACUCCGGUUCUUUCGCGAUUCAGUAUCUUCAACUUCUCUAUGCAAAAAUUGCGGGCGGCGUGGAUCCCGUGCGCGCUGAAAAAUUCAAGGAGAGGGCAAGGCUAUACGCCUUAAAUUUUGUGUACUACUUUCAUGAGGAUGGACGUGCAAUUGCGUUCGGCCGCUCUCUUACCUACAAAUUCGCCAUGGUUGGCUUCUGGGCCGCCGUAGCCUUUGCGGACGUCGAGCUCCCCGCACCACUUACUUGGGGCGUCGUCAAAGGCCUACUCCUUCGCAACCUAAGAUGGUGGUCAAAGCAACCUGGCGCAUUCACACCUUCAGGCACGCUAACCAUUGGAUACACUUACCCAAACCAAUUCAUGUCAGACAACUACAAUUCCCCAGGUUCUCCAUACUGGGCAAUGCUUUCCUUUGCACCUUUAGCCGUACCGGCAGACCAUCCUUUCUGGACCAGUCCCGAAGAACCAUUUCCUUCAGCCUCGAUUCCCCAAACUGUGGCUCUCAAGCACCCGGGUCAUAUAAUAACACGUCUUGGCGGUCAUACCUUCCUUCUAUCCAGUAAACAACAAUGCCACUACCCUCUACGAGCGGCGGAUGCAAAGUAUGGAAAAUUCGCGUAUAGCAGCGCAUUUGCAUAUUCAGUCUCGACAGGUUCCUAUUCUCUUUGGAGCUCUGCCCCAGAUUCAACGCUUUCCGUCACGUAUGGAGACGACGCCGAAUGGAAAACUCGGAAGAAGUGUGAUACUGAUGGUAUAGAAGUUAUUGAAGGGACCUCUGUUUUAAUAUCGACCUGGACUCCAUUAGAAGGCGUCGGUAUCAAAACAUGGUUAAUACCACCUGCUGAAGAAACACCGAACUGGCAUAUUAGGAUCCACCAUAUCACAACAGCAAGACCAAUAAAGACAGCAGAGGGGUCAUUUACGGUUAGCAACGAACGACGUGGAGAUAAUAGAGAAUUGGAUAUCUACGCGGAGGGCAAUGAUGGAAGAUUCGGCUCCGUUAACGAGGCAUUCGCAGUUUCUAGGAGCGGUGCUGUCGGCAUUGUGGAUGCUGGGACGACUAACAGGGUUGGAGAGACGAUGAACAUGGAUUCGAACAGCAACCUAUUGUUAAAUCGAACAGUUUGCCCCUUAUUACUGGGGUCAAUCGAAAAGGAGGCUUGGUAUGUCACUUUGGUAUACGCGCUCCCGGCCGAGGAAGGAAGCGAUGGGUGGAGAAAGACUUGGACAGACGGGUACAAGGAGCGGCCUAAAAUCCCUUUAUGGGCGGCAACCAUCAUGUCACACUGA